AUGCGCGCAGACUACGGCAGUAUAAAGCUUGGGACGCCGUCACAGGAGGUGACCGUGUGCUUUGACACGGGUUCUGCAGACCUAUGGGUUCCCUCGACCGAGUGCAACAAUCCUUCGUGCCUCACCCACAAUCGCUUUAAUCCUGCACUGUCACCCACCCACCAGGAGACCGGGGGAGAAUUCAGCAUUAAGUAUGGCACGGGCGCGGUGCAUGGCAAUGUCGUUACAGAUGUACUGCAGCUGGCAGAGCCUCCAAUAGUGGUGCCAGACCAGGGCUUCGGCUUGGCACAGGACCACUCUGCUGACUUCGCCUCAGCUUCCUGCGAUGGCAUUUUCGGGCUGGCGUUACCGGCGCUGUCAAAGCAGGGGCAGCUGCCUGCGUUCUUCCGCAUGCUGGAGAGCGGCUUGCUGGACGAGCCGCUGUUUUCCAUCUGGCUCUCACCGGAUCCAACCCUGGAGCCGGCCGGCAAGAUCCUGUUUGGCGGCCACAAUCCGGCGCGCUACACCGGCGAGCUUCUGGACCUGCCAGUCAUCUCCAAGAAGUACUGGAUGGUGGCGCUAGAUUCGAUGACGGUGGAUGGGAAGAUAAUCCAGGGGCUCCAGGCGGACGGGGCCAUUAUGGAUACAGGGACCUCACUCAUAACCGCCAGCGCCGCCGAUGCAGCCACCAUCAACGCGGCGAUUCCCGGGAUGGUGUUUUCGGCGGAUACAAAGACAUGGAGGGUUGAUGGUGGGUGUGCCAAUGUGGACGCCAUGCCGGCGGUCUCCUUCAUCAUGGGAGGCAACCAGUUCUCACUGGGGCCACGGCAGUACAUAAUCCAGGUGGGGAGCGGGGACGGGACGUACUGCAUGUCGGGGAUAGUGGGCAAUGGGCCGAACGGCAAGAUGGUGAUAGGGGCGACGUUUCUGCGGGCGUACUACUCCGUGUACACGUAUGACCUGGCCACAGGGAACGCCUGGGUGUCGCUGGCGCCGGCGGCGCUGGACGCGGGGGGAGACUCGGAGGGGGCCGUUAUCAAGCAGGACGCAAAGCAGCAGGGGGCGCCCGUAAACGCCACCUCGGUCUACGUCACGGCCAGCCGCGCCGAGAUCGCCGACCGAGCGGCCACCGCCGCUGCCGCGUCAGCCGUGGCCGGCAACUUGACCGCCGGCCUGGUCGCGCCGCCUGCAGCCGCGGUCUCACAGAUGGCCGGGAUUGCCGCAUCCACCGCGGCGGCGGGCGGCCGCAGUGCGGCCGGAGCUGGGGCCGCUCUGGCUGUACCGCCGGCGGCGUCCGUGUAUGGGUCAUGGGGCCCCGUUACGGGCGGGCAGGCGACUGUGGCAAAGCCGGCGGUGCUAGCGCCUGCGCCGAGCCGGGCGCCGGUGUCGGACGCGCUCACGUGGAGCAGCGCUGACAUCUCCACGGGAAAGGAGGCGACCGCCUCGGCGCGCGGCUUGCCGGCCGCCGGCGCUCCCGCGCCAGGGCCGGCCAAGGCCGCCACCGUGCCCUCCGCCGUGCCGGCACCGGCACCGCAGCCGAGGAGCGGGCCGAUGGGUGCGGCGGCUAUGGCAUACUUAAGGGACUCGACUUCAGAAGAUGCGGGCAGCCCCAUUUGGGCGCAGGCGGUGGCCCCAUCUGCGUCUGUGACUGCCGUCCGCAGCUUUGGCGCCAUGCUCAGCGGCCGGAAAUUGCGCUUGUGA